CAUGAAGAUGUUUGACGAAUGCUCAAGUUUAGCACCAUCGCUAUGUGCCUCAGCCGAAGGUGUUCUAUUAUCAGAUGAUGAUUGUAGUACAAUUGUUGGUGGCAAUUUUGAAGGUGUUUGGAAUAAUGAUUUAGCAGCAAUCCGUAAACUCCUGGAACUCGAGAGUGCUGUUAAUCAUGGUAAUUCCCAACAUGGUGAUAUAUGCCCAUCAUGUAGUAUGCCCUUUGAUAAGGGUAAAAAACGUAAAUUAAUUGAUACAUGUGGUCAUGAACGUUGUUAUUCAUGUAUGUUCCAUAAUGAGUUGUGUCCAUUAUGUUCUAUUUAUCAAUCACAAUCGAACUCAACAACAACAAUUGAUCAACAACAAUCACAACGAAUAACAAGUAAUAAUUAUUAUAAUCAACAACAUAACAAUACGGCAACAAUGUUGUUAUAUCAACAGCAACAACAACAAUCACCUCAUAAUUCAAUUUCAUCGAUGACUACAUCACCACAAAAUUUGGAUAUGAUUUAUACAACGAAUUGUAACAGUGAUAAUAUGAUAAGUUGCAAUAAUGGAAAAAAAUCGUUAGGAGUUUAUCCACCAGCCACGUUACGUGGUUCCGAAAUUACAUUGUAUGGUGAAAUUGGAUCAACGGAUCGUAUACAAAAUUCACGGCCGAAGAUGAAAACUAAUGGACAUUUUACGACGUUUAUGCAACAACAGAAAAGAUCUGACCAUUCACCUCCACCCUUACAUCAAGAUUGGCAUACUCACAAUACUUCACGACCACCUCGGCCAAGUGCAAAUAAAAAAACAAAUGUUGCUGUCGAAUUAAAUGGAAAUAUGUCACAAAGUUGCCCAACCCCACCACAAUCUCGUCGUCGAUUCUUUUUAAGUCCAAAAGCAAUACGUAGUCCAUUCUCACAACGGGCAGCGCUACGAUCACCACAACAAACAAGUCAAAAUCAAAGUUCUGCGGAUAAUUCGACAUUAUCUGUGGACAAAAUGUCUGCUUCUACAUCGGUGGUAGAAACUGGCCGACAUUGGAGCAGUGUUGUACUUGGAAAAAUAAAAUCAUUGUGGUCAACAGGAACGAGUACAGCCAACACGGGAUUAAAUCAACUUUCAGCAGAUGACGAAUGUGGAAAUAUUAAACCAAUUUCUGCGAAGAAAUCUCAUCAAAAUGACUUGUACAUGCGGUUAGGAUUAUUACUGGGCGAUGGUGCAAAAAAAGGAAAAAAUAGACCACAUCCACGAAGUUCUCAUGAAUCAUGUGCGUCUAUUUCAUCGUUGGCCAGCUUUGAUCCUCAAACUGUUCAAUCAACGAAUACAAGUCCUGUAUCUACGUUAACUGGAUCAUCGGAAGCUGAUGGUCAUCAUUCACGUGCCCUUAAAGAUCCUGGUUCUGAUAGUGUUGGAUCAUUAAUGUCUAUGUCCAUUUCUGGACAGAGUAAUUGUUCUUCCAGCCCAGUGAGUCGAAGGCAUUCGGUUACAACAACUCAACAAGGACAAGUCGAAGAUUUAGGCGUUUUCAAAAAUCGACGUAAUCAAAUUCGAAGAUCUGCACGUACUGGAACAGUAAAAGGUCCAAUUGAUCCAAAAAUACGAUUUGCACAUUAUCGUACCGCACCACAGCUAACACUAAAACCAUUAUUUUUCGAAGUUCCUCUACAAGAACCAGAUCCAUUAUUCUUAGGACGUAAUUGGCUAUUUAAAGAAAUCGAAGAAAUAUUUGAAACACAAAGUCCAGGUGUACUAAUAUCAGGGAAUCCUGGAACAGGAAAAACUGCCAUAAUAUUACAAAUUGUCGAGCAUAGUUGUUUUGGACGUCGAAAAGAUCCAGUAUAUCAAACGCCGUUAGAAGAAGAUAUCCAAAGUGCAUAUUUAAAUUCGGAUCGAAUACGAAAUUUAGCUGCUCAUGUGGUUGCCUAUCAUUUUUGUCAGGCUGAUAAUAAUAAUACAUGUCUAGUGCCAGAUUUUAUACAUUCUUUGGCUGCGCAAUUAUGUCAAGCACCACAAUUAGCUGCGUAUAGAGAGUACUUACUGAGUGAGCCUCAUUUACAAGGUGCUGUCUCGUUAAAAGAAUGCAUAGCUGAUCCAGAUUUAGCCUUAACUCGAGGUGUUAUUGAACCAUUAACUCAAUUACGUCGGGUUGGUAAAAUUGAAAAUUCGAAUUGUAUUAUUCUAGUCGAUGCCUUAUGUGAAGCUGAAUAUCAUCGUCCUGAUCAAGGCGAUACUAUUACAUCAUUCUUAGCCAAACAUGCUCCAGAUUUCCCUAGUUGGUUAAAAGUUGUAGCCACUGUAAGAUCCCAAUUACAAGAUAUAACAAAACAAUUACCAUACACAAAAAUUAGUUUAGAUAAAUUGGGAUCUAAUGAUAAUUUACAACGCGAUAUUUUGGAUUAUAUUAAUUUCCGACUAAAUAAUAGUCCAAGUAUACAAAAUAAUAUUACCACAUCCGGUAAAGAGUCUUCGUCAAGUGGACCAAACUCGCAAAUGACAAAAUUCCCACAACAUUUACUUAGUUCCUGUAAAGGGUCAUUCCUAUUCACUAAACUUACUUUAGAUUUAUUAGAACGAGGUUAUUUAGUAGCCAAAUCUUCCGGGUAUAAAGUGUUUCCGGUAACAUUAUCUGAAAUAUUUUUACUCCAUUUUAAUUUACGAUUUCCUACGGUUCGAUCGUUUGAUAAGGUUGUUCAUAUUUUAAGUGUUUGCCUAGCCGCUCUCUAUCCGUUAACUCUCUUAGAAAUUUAUUAUUCCGUAAACUCGCUAUUAGUCGAUAACUUUUUACCAUAUGAUGAAUUUCUUCAACGUUUCAAACAAUUAUCCGGAUUUUUAGUGAAACGUUUAGAUAACACAUACAUGUUCUUCCAUCCAUCGUUCAGAGAGUGGUUAAUUCGUCGAGACGAAGGUGAUAGCGCUAAAUUUUUAUGUGAUUUACGUGCGGGUCACUCAGGUAUCGCUUUUCGAUUAUCUCGUAUUCAAGCACCUUUAGAUCCUGAUAAAACGCUUGAAUUGGGGCAUCACAUCUUAAAGGCGCAUGUUUAUCGAAAUAUGACAUUUUCAAACAGUUUAACAUCACGUGAUAUCCAAGCUAAUUGGGUCGCUACUAGUUCGGAUAAUAUUUCGGCAGCUGUUUGCACGUUACGCAAUAUUUAUAGUCCAAACGUUAAGGUUUCUCGUUUAUUAUUAUUGGGUGGAGCAUCUCCAGAUUAUGUAACAGAAUUUUUGGGGAAUGCCCCCGCGCUUUGUAUGUACGCGCAUGAAGGUAUUAUACCAAUGGUUAGUUUGUUAUUAGAAUUUGGUGCAAAUGUUGAGUUAACGAAUAGUCAGGGAAUGACGGCCUUAGCAUUAGCCUCAGCCAGAGGACAUUGUGAUGUUGUUCGGCAAUUAGUGGCAGCUGGAGCAAGUUUAGGCCAUACUGAUACUUCAGGACAUUCUCCGUUAGUACACGCAGCAAGAAAUGGAUGUUUAAAUGUUGUUGGAUAUUUAUUGGCAUGCGAUUGGAUUAUUCAAGAUCCAGAACGAGAUGUAGAGCUCACAGAGGCUGCGCAACAAGCUCUCACAGCAUCUGCUGCACAAGGACAUGUUGAAAUUGUAGAAUAUUUACUAGAUAUGUCUGAAGUGAAUGCCAACAUUUUGGAUUCACUAACUGGAGAAACUGCCUUAACUGUUGCGUGUACAAAUGGAUGUACCGCCGUUGUCAGUGCCCUAAUAUCACGUGGAGCUGCAGUAGAUAUUAUUAAUCGCAAAGAAAUGCCCCCACUCUUGUUAGCUGUGAAAGAAGGUCAUUGGGCCGUAGCUGAACGCUUGUUACAAAAUCAUGCUCCAGUCGAACAAACUGAUAACGCUGGUCGAACUGCAUUAAUGCUUGCAGCAUCCGAAGGUCAUGUUGGUUUAAUCGACCUAUUGUUAGAAAAAGGAGCAAAUAUUGAGAAACAAGAUCGUGAAGGCUUAACGCCAUUAAGUUGGGCAUGUCUUCGAGGUCGUCUACAAGCUGCACAAUCUUUAUUAGAUCGAGGUGUAAAUAUCAAUCAUCCAGACAAAACGGGUCGGACUUGUUUAGAUCUAGCAGCAUUCCAGGGUAAUCCAACUUUAGUACAAUUUUUAUUGGAUCGGGGUGCGAUGAUUGAGCAUGUUGAUGUGAAUGGUAUGCGUCCGCUGGACCGUGCUAUUGGAUGUCGAAAUAUUCAAGUUGUACAAUGUUUUCUAAGAAAGGGAGCAAAAUUAGGACCAGCUACAUGGGCAAUGGCUGCUGGCAAACCAGAAAUAAUGUUAAUUUUAUUAAAUAAAUUGUUAGAAGAUGGAAAUGUACUAUAUCGAAAAAAUCGUUUACGGGAAGCAGCACAUCGUUAUCAAUACGCAUUACGUAAAUUCCCAACGGACGAUUUACCUCCAGAACAUAUUCCAACUUUCCAUCAACUACGUGUAAAUUUCUUAUUAAAUCAAUCGAGAUGUAAACGAAAAAUGAACGAAACCGACGACGCAAUCGAAUUAGCAAAUCAAGUACUUUCAAUGAAACCAGAAUCAUAUGAAGCAUAUUACGCACGUGCCAAAGCACGUUUAGAUUCUAAAUUAUAUGAAAAUGCCUUAGCAGACGUUCGAGAAGCAAUUCGAUUAGCACCACAAAAUAAUUUAGAUGUGAAAAAAGUACUUUUAUAUUUAAAAGAAGAUAUUACAAAUAAAAUGUCAUCACCAGUCAAAACAAAAGUUGUUGUUUCUGUGCAUCGAGAACAUUCUGUUUCGGCGGAUGGACUUAAUGAAACUGGAAACUAAAUUACUGAUGAUGAAUUUUUAACCAUGUUUAGGGAGGUUUUUUUUAUACUAUGCAAUGCAAUUUGUAAAUUAUUUUACCUAAUAUUUAAAAAAAUUAAUUGGUUAUUUAAUUAUUCUGUCUAGUCUAUUUUAUCACUGCUAUAAUAUUUUUUUAAAUUUUAAAUUAAUUGAUUUUUAAUUAAAUGUAAUCAGUAACUAUUUAUUACUAGCUAAUUCCUUCACAGAUUCAAACAACUCAAAAGAAUCUUAUAAUAUGAAAGGGGGCACUAUGAAAACGAGCUAUUGCAAAUAGCAAUGGCUUUGUUAUGAAAUUUUUUUUUUAUAAAUUGGUAAUUUUGAAGAGCGGUAGUGAACUUUUUUUUAUUUAUUGAAACUGAUCGAAUCUGGGAAUGGAAUGCUAAUUUUAUUGUAAAUGUAUAUAAAUUAUACUUAUCCAGAAGACAGGGAAAGUGUAAAGAAAAUGGUUUUUUUUUAAUUAUUUCUAUACGGAUAGAUAAGGGAAGGCAGCUCAAAACGGGUAUUCUAAGCGCGAAGGUACAAAGCUGUAAAAUUCGUACUAUAUGGUAGCUAAUUAUUUAUUUUUAAAAAAUAAUAACAAAGCAAUCAAAAACUCCCUUUGAGCAAAACAGGUAAGCUUCACACGUUCUAGGGUUUAUUAAAUACUGGCCGAUAUCUUUCGUGCUUAUUAGCAAAACUCCCUUCCUUGCAAAGUUGACUGUGAAGACCAUACUUUUUUGUUGCAGUAGAGUUUGAAGAAGUCUUAGCUUCUUCCAUUGCUAAUUGCAUUGUAUCUUCGUUCCAAGACGCACGUUUAGUUUUUCGCUUGUAGUUAUCUUUAAAAAAAUCCAAGAUCUUAAUAAAUAAAAACCUUAUUCCUGGGAAAACGGAUAGAUAUCUAUCUAUACCCGUUUUGCUCGAGAGGACUGUGUUUUUAUCAAGUACAAAUAACCUCAAAAUGGCAGAUAAAACAACAUGAAACGCUUACCUUGAAAUUUUGUAGUAUAACUGGGGAGAAACAUUGAUUCAAAACGCCUAUGUUUCUAAACCACUCCGGCGCGCGAUUAUAACUCGUUAAAGUUAGACAAAUUUCCGAGCACGCGGAAAUGGUUUAUACAGAAGCGUACGACUGCUUGCCCGUUUUGGGCGGAAUAACCAUUUUGUGCUACCUAUCCUUACCUUUUUAGGCACCCUACUUUGAUAUAUUCGAAAAUCAGGGUUUUUUUUAACAUCUCAAAAUCUUUAUAUUUACCUUAGAAUUUUAGCAAACAAAAAGUGUUAGUUUAUUUUAAAAUUUGAAAAAUUAUUUUCA